AGAAGAAGAAGAAGAAGAGCGGCGCUUUCGUCACAGUCAGACGCGGGAAAUGGACGCGGCAGAAGUGGAGUUUCUCGCAGAGAAAGAGAUCGUGAAAAUUAUUCCCAACUUCAGUCUAGAUAAGAUUUAUUUAAUCGGGGGGGAUCUCGGUCCGUUUAACCCGGGUCUAUCAGUGGAAGUACCGGUGUGGUUGGCCCUUAAUCUCAAACAGAGACAUAAAUGCAGGAUCGUACCGCCAGAAUGGAUGGACACUGACAAACUGGAGGAGAUUCGUGACCAGGAGAGAAAGCUGGAUACUUUCACUCCCAUACCAAGCCCGUAUUACAUGGAGCUGACAAAACUAUUACUUAACCACGCUGCAGAUAAUAUACCCAAAGCCGAUGAAAUCCGUACGCUGGUGAAAGACAUCUGGGACACGCGCAUGGCCAAACUGAGACUUUCUGCUGAUAGUUUUAUCAGCCAGCAGGAGGCUCACGCGCAGCUGGAUAAUCUCACGCUGAUGGAGAUCAAUACCACUCGCUCCUUUCUGUUGGAUUCUCUCAACUACAUGUAUAAACUGCGAUCAAACCUGCAGCCGACCAGAACUCUUGACUACUAAGAUGCUCGAAGUCUUCCACAAGAUUUAACUUUCAUAUUUACCCAUAAAGACAUGUAGUAAAAUAAAACCGUUUUCAUGUUAUAGAGCUAAUGUCAGAAGUGUCUUUUCAUAUCAAUGUUUUAUUUACAAUAUGGUGUAAGUAGUCUAUUGUAAAGAUGUUAGUUUUGUCAACCUUUUGGUAGUUAUUUGAUGUUCUUCAAACUAAAUGUCCUCUAUGGAAAAUCUUCAACUUUACUUGCCCUACUGCCACCAGGUUUUACAGGUUUUUGCAGUGAUAAGGGUUUGUUGGCGCACUAAAGUGAUUUUAAAAGUUGAAGUAAUACUGUUGGAGUACUCAUAGUCAUUCAAGCUGUACUUUUUAUAUAGCUGAUGUGUUUUGUGAUUCUGACUUAGACUCUGACUUGGUCAUGUAAAUCAAAUGUUGAAAUUUAAUGCUGCUCAUUUUGGCAUCUAUCAAAUCCAAAAUUGGAUGAUCUGGUUAUGGCAUGAACAGCCACUCAUCUCUGUUACUAUUGUUCAUGAAAUUCUAAACGUAUUAAUAAAAAUGAAACGUAUUCAUACAUGAUGAAUUAAGUUAAUGGAUUGACAUUAUAUAUAAAGGUAUUAAAGCAAUAAAAGUAUGGCAAACUAAUUUUGGAAAUAUA